CGCCGAGGGGCGCCCCUCGUCCAGCCCUCCCGGCUCGCGGAUUCCCUCCCGAGGCGCCCGCGCCCCCCGGGCUCCCCGCCUCGGCCACCCCGCGGCCCCGAUGCCGAGGCAUGGAUAGAGCGGCGCUGCGCGCGGCGGCGAUGGGGGAGAAGAAGGAGGGCCGCGGCGGGGGGGACGCGGCGGCCGCGGACGGGGGCCCCGGGGCCGCAGCCAGCCGGGCGCUGCAGCAGUGCGGCCAGCUCCAGAAGCUCAUCGACAUCUCCAUAGGCAGCCUGCGCGGGCUGCGUACCAAGUGCGCCGUGUCCAACGACCUCACCCAGCAGGAGAUCCGGACCCUGGAGGCGAAGCUGGUCCGCUACAUCUGCAAGCAGCAGCAGUGCAGGCUGAGUGUGGCUCCUGGUGAGAGGACCUCGGAGCUCAACAGCUACCCUCGCGUCAGUGACUGGCUGUGCACCUUCAAUGUGAGGCCGGCGGUGGUGCAGGAGAUCCUCAGCGAGCUCACGCUGGAUGCCCUGCUGGACAUGAACGAGGUCAAGGUGAAGGAGACGCUUCGGCGCUACGGGGCCAAUGCCGAGGAGUGUAGCCGCCUGCAGUACGCCCUUGCCUGCCUGCGGAAAGUGACGGGUCUGGGAGGAGAGCACAAAGAGGACUUGGGCUGGAGUUCACUGGAUGCCCGGCGGGAAAGUGGCUCAGGGCCUUCCGCGGAUGCCCUCUCACCGGCCAGCCUGCCUUGGCCCCCAGGGGGCACCCAGCUGGGCAGAAUGGGCGGCAGCACCCAGGGCCCCCGCUCCGUGUCUGUGUCCGCUCUGCCCACCUCAGACUCCCCGAUCCCUGGCCCCUGUGAGGGCCUCUCGGACACCUGUAUCCUCCUGCACACCAGUGGCCGGCUGACCCCCCGGGCCCUGCACAGCUUCAUCACCCCUCCGACCACACCCCAGCUGCGAAGGCACACCAAGCUGAAACCGCCGCGGACGCCGCCCCCGCCCAGCCGCAAGGUUUUUCAGCUGCUGCCCAGCUUCCCCACGCUCACCCGGAGCAAGUCCCAUGAGUCUCAGCUGGGGAACCGCAUUGACGAGGUCUCCCCGAUGAGGUUUGAUCUCCCACACGGAUCCCCGCAGAUGGUACGAAGGGAUAUCGGGCUGUCGGUGACUCACAGGUUCUCCACCAAGUCUUGGCUGUCCCAGGUCUGCCACGUGUGCCAGAAGAGCAUGAUGUUUGGAGUGAAAUGCAAGCAUUGCAGAUUGAAAUGUCAUAACAAGUGUACAAAGGAAGCCCCUGCCUGUAGAAUAUCCUUCCUCCCACAACCUAGGCUUCGGAGGACGGAAUCUGUCCCCUCGGAUAUCAACAACCCAGUGGACAGAGCAGCUGAGCCCCAUUUCGGAACCCUCCCCAAAGCACUGACAAAGAAGGAGCAUCCUCCGGCCAUGAACCACCUGGACUCCAGCAGCAACCCGUCCUCCACCACAUCCUCCACGCCCUCCUCGCCGGCACCCUUCCCAACAUCAUCCAAUCCAUCCAGUGCCACCACGCCCCCCAACCCCUCUCCUGGCCAACGGGACAGCAGGUUCAACUUCCCAGCUGCCUACUUCAUUCAUCAUAGACAGCAGUUUAUCUUUCCAGACAUUUCAGCAUUUCCACAGGCAGUCCCAUCCCCUGAUGCGGCGGACGGCACCCGGCUCGACAACCAGCCAAAAGCAGACGUGUUGGAGGAUCAUGACGUGGAGGCCGAGGAGCCGGAGACCGGCAAGUCAGACGCAGAGGGUGACGACGACGAGGUGGACGAUCUGCCCAGCUCCCGCCGGCCCUGGCGGGGCCCCAUCUCUCGCAAGGCCAGCCAGACCAGUGUGUACCUGCAGGAGUGGGACAUCCCUUUUGAGCAAGUGGAGCUGGGCGAGCCCAUCGGGCAGGGCCGCUGGGGCCGGGUACACCGCGGCCGCUGGCAUGGCGAGGUGGCCAUCCGCCUGCUGGAGAUGGACGGCCACAACCAGGACCACCUGAAGCUGUUCAAGAAGGAGGUGAUGAACUACCGGCAGACGAGACACGAGAAUGUGGUGCUCUUCAUGGGGGCCUGCAUGAACCCGCCCCACCUGGCCAUCAUUACCAGCUUCUGCAAGGGGCGGACGUUGCACUCAUUUGUGAGGGACCCCAAGACAUCUCUGGACAUCAACAAGACCAGACAGAUUGCCCAGGAGAUCAUCAAGGGCAUGGGCUAUCUACAUGCCAAGGGCAUUGUGCACAAAGACCUCAAAUCCAAGAACGUCUUCUAUGACAAUGGCAAAGUGGUCAUCACAGACUUCGGGCUGUUUGGCAUCUCAGGCGUGGUCCGAGAGGGCCGGCGUGAGAACCAGCUGAAGCUGUCCCAUGACUGGCUCUGCUACCUGGCCCCGGAGAUCGUCCGCGAGAUGACCCCCGGGAAGGACGAAGACCAGCUGCCGUUCUCCAAAGCUGCUGACAUCUAUGCGUUUGGGACUGUUUGGUAUGAACUGCAAGCAAGAGACUGGCCCUUUAAGAACCAAGCUGCAGAGGCCUUGAUCUGGCAGAUUGGAAGCGGAGAGGGUAUGAAGCGUGUCCUGGCCUCCAUCAGCCUGGGGAAGGAAGUCACUGAGAUCCUGUCCGCCUGCUGGGCUUUCGACCUGCAGGAGAGGCCCAGCUUCACCCUGCUGAUGGACAUGCUGGAGAAGCUGCCCAAAUUGAACCGGCGGCUCUCCCACCCUGGCCACUUCUGGAAGUCUGCUGACAUUAACAGCAGCAAAGUUGUACCCCGGUUUGAAAGGUUUGGCUUGGGUGUCCUGGAGUCCAGUAAUCCAAAGAUGUAGCCAGCCGUGCAGUUUCUCUGCCAAUUUCUUUCUUUCUUAAACGUGUUUCUAAAGCAUCCAAACAACCACCAUGACACAAACGAAAACACUCUUUGAAACAUCGGUCCACCCUCCUAAGUGCUGCAGACCAGGAGUGUGAGUCCUCCACUCAGACGUUCAUCCACAAAAACACCGGGAGAUAGAGCUGCACCUGCUGUUUCUUAAAGUCAUAUCACCAACAACCAGACCUGCCCCGACAGGCAGCGAAUGUUUACAUGUAUGUUUCUGGGGCGUGAACUCAAUGCUUUACAACAGGUAAUAAUACAGAGUGGUCCGCAGAGGCUGGGAUGGCGGAAGCGGCCUUCCCCUCCGGAGGACCCUGGCGGCGGUGAGGAAAAGGAAGAAAAGCAUCCUGACUGUGGCUGUUCUCGGGGUAGGAUGGGGACCACAAGGUUUGACCUGGACUCUGCUUUGGCCCUAAAGCCUAUCCGUGGGGAAUGUCCCUCUGUAGGGUUCUCCUCCUAUCCUAACAGAGGGACGCUGUCCCUUUUUUCCUCUGGCAAAGGAAACCCUGGCUAGGAACCAAGCUGGAUUAUGAGGGUCAGGAGUUUCCAGAGGGCUUGGGUUCCCUUUUGACCCCAGUAACCCAGCCCAUAGCUGCUGGAAAAGUCGAGACAGAUUAAAUCCAAAUGAUGUCUGGAUUGAUCCAGGGAUUGGUGGCCAGGGUUUCCAGCACCUGUAGAGAGGUCUCUUUCACACAGCUUCCAGGAAGACACCAAGGAGAUGGCCCUCAGGGCUUCAGCUCCUUAGACACAUCCCAGUCCUGGCUGACACUUGACCCCAGAGCUAAGGCCCAGCCCGGCAGCUGCAUGUACCAUGAAGCCUUGCUCAGGGAGAACAAAGAGGGGAAGGGGAGGGAGAAGUGACAGGCAGCGGGUUCCUGAGCCCACCCUCCCACCCACAGGGUGACCUGGCUCUUCAGAAGCCCCACCAGUCAUGCCAAGGUUCUGGAAUUGCCCACCCCUUCUCCUCCAAUCCUGUUGGAAGCCCAUAGCCACGCCUGACCCUUCCACUGUCCUUGCUCUGAGCUCUUAGCUGAGACGGGAGGCCUGUGCCCCUCCACGCUGUUGAUCUAGACCACCCAGUCCACCAGUCCUCAGAGCCUCCCCUGAACCGAGUCAGGACCAUCUGUGCCUGUAUAUUUGCACCAGAAGGAGGGGCUUGACUGGGGGAUGUCCGUGGUGUGAGCACAUCCUGCCUGUCUUCAUUAGAAGCUGUCACCUAAGGAGAACAGUUCCAAAUGGCAAAGAGGCCUUUAGUGGGCGUUACGCCAUGUUAGGCUUCAAACCAGGACUGACCAAGGGUGAUGAGGCUGGAGAUGUGGUUGGAUUCAGACCCAGAAUCUGUGUCCAUAUGCCCUGAGCCAAGAUGGGGGCAUGUGGCCCUCCCAUCCCUUUCAUUUACACCCGCCUAGCAAAGCUCCCAAUCUUCAGAGCCUUCCCUGGAGUCUGGCCAAAAUGUCAUACGAAGCAGGCCACUGCCUAGAAGUGGUAGGGCUGCCUUCCUGACUCCGGGUCAGGCGCCCCUCAGGUGGGCCACCCUCGCCUGGAGAGCACAGCUGUGCAGCAGUGUGAGGUGUCUGGACUCCCGCUGCCCCUCAGCGUCCCCAGACCUGAGCUCCUUAACCCUUCCCAGUCAGGGUGUGCGGGGAAGACCAGAGCUGUGAGCCAGCUGGAUUCAGCUCUGGGUGGGUCUUUCCUCUUCUGUGGGCCUGCUGGCUUCACCCCCUCAUCCCUUGGCCUCCCCGAUGGGUGUCACGCCUGUGGGUCAGUUCAAGAAGGUUUCAUCGAGCACUGACUGUGUCUUGAGCAAGUGUAGGGGACCCCGCGAUGGGAGCAGUCACGGUCCCUGCCCCUAAGGAACUGACGCUCAGCCAGGAACCCUGAGGGGUUGCUGAAGGCCUGGAGGACAGUCGCUUCAUCUUCAGGACCCCGGACAGCCGCCCAGCCCUUGGCCUAGCCUCUGGGCUGCCUGUCCCUUAGGAGAAACGUGGUCCCUUCUCCCUGUCAAAGUGACUGUGAAUUGAGGUUGGGAAGACGUGCUUGCCCUGCUGUGUGCUCUCCCUGUCUGCCAUGGAGACACAUGAAGGACGGCCAGAUACUGUGAAUUCAGCGCUCACGGCCAACUGUGAAGGGGAUGGAGAAGGUGGGACAGCCUCCUCGGCAAGAGCUCUGGGAGCUGCAGAGGUCCCCACCAGGGCCUGAGAGUAGAGCCCAAGCUUUGGUCCUUCGCGGCACAGCCUCAGUCCCCAGCAUCGCCUCCAGAACCCUAGGGCCCGUGCCCCCGUUGCCUUUAACCCCCAGAGCCGCAGCCCCUGGCUCUCCAUCCAGCUCAAGGUCUUCAAUCAAGCUCCCCCAUUGGUAGCGGGCGGGGUAGCAACGUUGACCUCUCCGCGUCACCGAGUCCAGGGCGCUGGAGUCCCUCUGUCCUCGUGGCAUUCUUGUGAUCCGAGGGGCCAGCCGCGUGCCCUGUACGCCUGCACUGCUGUUCCGCGUUGAUUAGGGGGCCUGGUGGAGACACAAAUGUGAAGCCGUUAGGGAGCUCGUGUGAUGCUUCAACGUUAGCCCGAAUUUCACUAGUGUGUGUAAAGCCAGCCUCCUCCGUGGCCACAGGCACACACUUGCUUUUUUUGAAUGUGAUGUAAAAUCUGUACAGUAAAAGUUUUUAUAUUUUCUAUCAACUGCAUUUGUCUUCCAGAAAUGCUAUUAAUUUAAAUUAAAAUGGUUAGUAUUAAUGAAUGUGCUGUAUCCGUUUUUUUGUCACUGGCAAGAACACAUCCUUUGUGCCAGGCCAAGCCUGGGUGUCUGGAGUUUGUGAAUAAAAUUGUACCAAGGUG